CCUGCAUUGAAAGUGCGGGCGAAGGUCUGAGUGGUGUUCUGGCUACGUUGACGAAAAGGAUUGCGCUUGUGGCUUGCAGCUUAGCUCGCAGGAGCUCCAUCUUCAGAGGAAGCUGUUGCUUGUCUAAGCCGGAGGAAGCUCAACAGGCCGAGCAUAGCUCUAGGAAACCAUGAUUGAUGAGAUAGCUUGCAGUCUGGGGGGCUACACGGCAACAACUACAACGUGGAGGGAAUAUAAGAAUGGAGUCCACGCUCGUACCUGGAAUCAUACUCAGCACAGAAACAACAAGGUCCAACUAAGCUAGCCAGACAACAACAUAUCAAGACCCCAACCAUAAACAAUAAGAGCAACAACCACAACCACAACAUCUCAACCACCAACACAAUGUCUUCCAACUCAGACAAGAAACUCCUCGUCGUCUUCGGCGCAACGGGAAACCAAGGUGGCUCCGUCAUCGACCUCGUCCUCUCCACCCCAGAUCUGUCCUCUAAAUACUCCCUCCGCGGCAUAACCCGCUCGACUAGCAGCCCAAAAGCCCAAGCCCUCACCUCCAAAGGCGUAGAGAUGGUCUCUGCCGACCUCAACGACCCCUCAUCCCUCCAAUCCGCCCUCCAAGGCGCCUACGGCGUCUACGGCAUAACAGACUUCUGGUCCCUCAUGUCCAAAGAGAAAGAAAUCACCCAAGGCAAAGCCAUCUUCUCCGCAGCCCGAUCCUCCGGCGUCAAGCACCUCGUCUUCUCCGCUCUACCAUACGCUGAGAAGUUAACAAACGGCCAACUCGCCCACGUCGAACAUUUCGACUCCAAAGCGAUUGUCAAAGAAUACAUCGAAGAAAACAAAAAGUCCACCGGAAUGAUCGCAUCGUACUUCAUGCCCGCAAUGUUUUUGCAAGAAGCCCAAAAGCAAAUCCGACCAAAUCCUCAGAAUAACAAUAAACCCACCAUUGCUCUCCCCUUCCCAGACGAAAACAUCGCGUGGCCUAUGAUCGACGUCAACGCUGAUACAGGAAAAUACGUCAUGGGACUCUUCGAAGGAGGCUCAAAGGCCGACGGAGUCAGCGUCAAUGGAGUGAGCACUUGGACGACUCCGAAGGAGUUCGUGGCGGCUGUGAGUAAGAGUGUUGGCAAAGAAGUCGAUUUUGUGCCUUUGCCGAGGGAGGUGUUUGAGGGCUUUUUGCCGGAUGCGGUGAAGAAGGAGUUGGGUGAGAUGAUGGAUUUAAUUGGGAAAUGGAAUUAUUUUGGGAAGGGACAAGAGAAGGAGCAGGAGGGACAUGAUGAGUGGUUGGCGAAGGGGACGAAGAAGGUUGGGUUGGAGGAGUGGGUUGGGAAGACGAAGUUUGAGAUUUGAGGAAUGAUGAGUGAGAUGUAGUGACUGGGUGCACGAAGUGAAAUGUAGAGCGGGAGAUUAGCAACAGAAA